AUGUCUUCGCUAGAUCCGCCCACAUAUCUCACCUCGAUACAAAACAACAUCCGCGCCCGGCCAAUAUCAUGGGAAGGCGCAGUGCGGGCCAAGACUAUCACAGACGCAGACCUCAAGAAGAUCAAGUCAAUUGAUAAGGUGCGCAAAGAGCAGCGGAAGCAGACAAUCGAAGCCGAUUUGGGCAGCUUCGUCACCCUGCUACUUGGUGGAAAUGGCUCGCAGAGCAUAUUCGAGGCAGCAGCCAAGCGCCAGGAUAUCAUCCACUACAUGCUGGUCUUGUUGGGCGACAUGAUUGAGGAUAUCCCAGCCCUGACCAAGGCUCUUGUUCAACACCAGACACCCUACAGGCCCUUUCUACCGCUGUUGAAAGCUUCGUCCAACAACGAGGACCCUGUACCGCUCCUCACAUCUUCUGUACUAUCUGGCCUACUCUCCUACGCCGUUUUGGAGCCAUCCAAGGAUUCGGCCCAGCUUGAUGAAGCUCUCCCACAGUUGUUCAGCUACCUUUCCACACUAGCGAAGGCAUCCGAUGCUGGUCUUCAGGAUAUUGCAGUGCGAGAGUACUCGGCUGUGCUACGUAGCACCAAGGCUAGACAUCUCUUCUGGAAGCAAAGGAAGGAGACACUGAAUCCCCUCUUCGAUAUCCUGAAGGCUGCGGCAGGAUCAGCAAAGGACACAGAUUCCAACCUAUACAGUGGGAACGGCAGCAUCCGCAGUACCCCAGAUGGCGGUCUGUCUGGCGGUGUUGGUCUGCAGCUUCUGUACCAUGUCCUUCUCGUAAUCUGGCAGCUGAGUUUCGAGGGCGAGCUCAUUGGCGAGGGCCUCCAGGAUGAACACGACGUUGUAAUCUUGUAUACUCAACUCUUGAAAGUAUCACCAAAGGAGAAAACCACAAGACUUCUGCUUUCGACCCUGUUGAAUCUGUUGACAGCAAACCGCUCGACCCUUUUGCCCACUGCCGUACUUGCCCGUCUACCGUCUCUACUCUCCAGCCUGAAGUCGCGCCAUUUAACUGAUGAAGAUGCCCUUGAGGACCUACAGUCGCUCAAUGACCUGCUGGAGGAAUACACCAAGACACAGACUACCUUCGACGAGUACGCUGCCGAAAUUCACUCUGGACACCUCCGCUGGUCACCACCUCACCGCAAUCCUGACUUUUGGCGGGAAAAUGCGCGUCGUAUUCUAGAGGAAAAUAAGGGUGAAUUACCUCGGAAGCUUGCCGAGAUUCUGUCUAAGAGCUGGGAAAGCGACAAACAGGUGCUUGCUAUUGGGUGCAAUGAUGUCGCAUGUUUAGUCAAGGAAGUACCGGAGAAGAGACAGCAGCUUGAGAAGCUGGGACUGAAGGCCAGGGUAAUGGCGCUCAUGCAGGAGGCAGACGAGAGUGUACGAUGGGAGAGUUUGCGGGCUGUUGGCGAGUGGCUGAGAUACAGCUUCGAAUCGAAGACAUCGUUGCCGGUUAGAUAG